AUGGCCACCGAACUGCAACUGCAGCAACAGAAGCUGCCAGCGUCCUUCUUGCUCGGACAUGUCGCUCCCGUCCUGUCGCUUGACUCUCGCGACUGGAUGCUUGCCUCAGGCUCAGAGGACAAGACGUGUCGUAUUUGGGACCUCCGAACAGACAAGGUCCACAAGGCCAUCACAGGUUUCGAUUCUCCCGUGGCAACAACGACGUUUACACCAGCAGAUGGACACACGAUCUAUGUGGGUUCGGGAACCAAGAUCCACACGUUUGAUCUGCGGAUGGAGUCACUGGUCCUCAACUCGGCCACACAAUCUACCAGGGUUUACGACGGAGCGGAAGAUGAAAUCAAUCAGAUUCAAGUGAACCACCGUGCGACGUGCCUUGCAGCGUGCGAUGAUGCGGGAGAUGUGCGUGUGCUGGACCUCAAAACUCACAAAUGGAUGCGCAAGUUUGACCGUACCCAUGACAACAUUGCAAUGACCGUGCAAUUUGUUCCCAGAAAGGAUCUCCAGGCACUCUCGGGUGGAAUGGACAAGCUGGUAGUAGCCUGGGACUUUUACAAGGGACGAGCAACGCAGCUCAUUGAGACAGACACGCCACAAGUGGAUGUGGCUCAGUCGAAGCAACUGUUCAACCCACCGUUUGUGCACUCGAUUGCUGCUCACCCUUCAGGAACACGCAUGGCCGUUGGUCUCGGCGAUGGAAGUGUCCAGUUCUUGCAUACUUCAACUGAUCUCCCUACCGCUCCUUUGGAAGAAAGUAUGGCGGCAUUGGAGGUGACGGCUUCGAAGAAGUCUAAGAAGAAGGCUGCGAGCAGUGGCAAGGGAACUGACGGCUGGUUGAUUGGUGGGCGGCUCUCUGAUGCCCAUGCCAGUCCUAUCGCUACCAUUGAGUAUGCAGGAUUUAACCCAGGAUGGCUAGUCACAUCGUCCGGCAAUGGAUCUAUCGCCAUCUGGGAAGACGGCACCGCGCGGAAGAUGCAGGGCCGUAUUGCUGUCUACCAUCUUUAA